ACAAUUCCAAAUUCAUUUUCCUAAAUUACACAUCCCCCCAAAUUUUUGAACCCUUCAUGUCCAAUUCAUUUCUUCUGGCAUAUCUAAUAAGGGUGUGUAUUCUUAUUGAUUAUUUGAGUCUUUGAGCUAUUCAUUUCUGCUGCUACAUUUCAGUCUCGCAGCUAAUCAGCUGUGAGCUCACCAUUCAUUAAUCACCAGUACUCCAGUCUUAGGAAAGUGCAGCAUUUCCACUAAUCGAGAAGCAAUUUACUAGAGGCUACAAAUUUGUUUGUCUAAAAAAUGGCGGAACUUGCAAUUCCUUUAUCAUUGAUGGUGGCCGAGAGGGCGAUUAGCUUGGUUGCAAAAUUCAACGUCAACGACGGAGGGGAUAAUAUCCAAGAUGAUGUUGAAAUAGCCUGCAAAUGUCUGAGAAAGAUACAAGCCUAUCUAGGGGACUCGGAAGAAGUUGAUGAUGAACGGAGUCUAAUGCGUCAAAAUCGUGUCGAAGAGGUCCAAAAUUUGGCUUAUGAAAUUGAAGAUGCUCUUGACAAAUUCAUGGCACAAGUUCCACAUCACUUCCACAACAACAUUUUCUCUCAAAAGCUGCACGAGAUUGCACAUUAUCGCACAGAAAGGAACGCAAGAGCUGAGUUCUCCACCAAGAUUAAAAAUAUUGAAGUGAAAAUUAAUUCCUUCUCAGGACUAGAAUCACUUCUCCAGCCACCUUGUUCCACAACGAGACAAAGAGGUAGUUUGAUCCACCAAUUUCUUGAAGAUGAAGAAAUCGUGGGCUUUGAGGAGCCUAGAGAAAGAAUUUCCAAACAGUUGAAGGAAGUAGAUCUGAGGCUGUUGCUGAUCUUGAUUGUUGGUCCUGGAGGAUCCGGAAAAUCCACUGUCGUAAAGAAUGUUUAUGAGAGUGAUAAUAUUCAAAAAAAUUUUGAUGGCUGUGCUUGGAUAGAUGUGUCGCGCCCUUCUAAAUCAGAAGAAGAUCAAAAAGCAGAACUCAGUCACCUGAAGGGAAAGAGAUUUGUGGUUGUUCUGGAUAAUGUAUGGACAACAGAUGAUGUGGAACGUAUUACAAAUGUUUUGCCAGAAGGAUUGCUUGGGAGUAAAGUAAUCAUAACUACUCGAAUCUCGGAUAUAGCUUCCCAUCGUGUAAGGUCCUCCGAGUAUAUCCAUGAUUUGAGUAGUGGAUUAUUAUGGAAAGAUGCCUGGUCUCUAUUUUGCAACAAGGCGUUCAAACAUACAGCAGGAUAUUGUCCACCUGAGCUCGAAGAGUGGGUGAAAAAAUUCUUGAAGAAGUGUGAAGGUCUGCCCUUUGCAAUUUCAGCUAUUGCUACUUUGCUUUCAAAGAAGCCACAAACUCCAUUUGAGUGGAAGAAGUUACAUGAAAGCCUUGGGUCUGCAAUUAGACCUCAUUUUGGUCUUUCGAUCAUUAGCCGUGUCUUACAGCCGAGUUACACGCAUCUCCCGAGCCAUCUUAAGAUGUGUUUCUUGUACUUUGGCAUGUUUCCAGAAGAUUAUUCCAUCAGCUGUCACAGGCUGAUUCGGUUGUGGUUAGCUGAGGGAUUCAUAACACCUGGAAAAGGACAAACAACGGAGGAAGCUGGGGAAACUUAUCUCAGUGAACUCAUUGGAAGAAAUCUGGUUCAGGCAACCACAAGAGAGAUGGAUGGUCGUGUAAGGAGUUGUCGUGUUUCGAACCUUGUUCGAGAGUUCAUUAUAUCAAAAGCAGGCAACUUUAUCACUGUAUUGGAACCAAACUGCAGUAUUGCUACUCUUUCAGGUCAGAAAAUUCGGCGCCUUUCAGUUCAAGAUGUCAAUAUCAAUCUGUUAAAGGCUAAAGAGUGGAGUCAUCUUCGUACCUUGCUAGUGUUUGGGCAGGCAAGUCCCCCAUCUGAGCUGGAAAAGGUACUUCAGACCUCUACAUACUUGAGGGUGUUAGAUAUGCAAGGUGUAUCUUUAAAGACCUUCCCUGACGGUGUUAUAGGUCUCCCUCUCUUAAGGUACUUAAAUCUGAGCCAAACUGAAAUCAAAUCAGUUCCGAAGUUCAUCAGAAAUCUUGUAUUUUUGCAAACCUUAGAUCUGAAGCACACACAGGUGUCCAAUUUACCAAAACAAGUUUAUGAACUUCAAAAUAUGCGCCAUCUUUUACUUUAUAGCUGUGAUAGUACUUCUGGUGUGGCACAAGGAGUUGAGGUCCCUGCUGGCAACAUUGGAGCUUUGUGUUCCAUACAGAAGUUGUUUCUUAUCAAGGUGAAAAAACAAAGAAAAGUAUUCUUUACAGCCUUGGGAGAGUUAAUUGAUCUUCGGAAGUUGGGGUUGGUAGACCUUGAAAGAGAACAUGGAAUAGUACUGUGUUGUUCCAUUCAAAAGAUGCAAGGGCUUUCAACACUUGAUCUACGAUCAACAUGGGAGGACGAGUAUCUUGAUUUAGAUCAUAUGAGCUCCCCUGAUGGGCCUCCUCGUUAUCUCCAACGUCUCUCUUUGACAGGGCGCCUGGAGAGUUUGCCGCAGUGGAUUUCCCAGCUUCACAGUCUAGCUAGGAUUUCUUUAAAGGGAUCAAAGUUGGAUGCUGACCUCAAUUCACUUGAAGCCCUUCAAGAGUUGCCUAACCUUGUGGAGCUCGAGUUUGUUAACUCUCAUACUGGGGAUUUGUUGAAGUUUAGAGCUAAAAAGUUCAAGAAACUAAGGGCAUUACGUAUUGAGCAACUUGAUCAGCUAGAUAUGGUGGUAGUGGAGAAUGGAUCAAUGCCCGAGCUUAAAAAGUUAACAUUUUCUAGAUGUCAGAAUCUGAAGUUACUUCCGUAUGGCAUUGAUAGGCUUAUGUUGCUUGAAGAAUUUCUACUGUACGAUAUGCCCAGAGAAUUCAUUGCUAGGCUUCAGAAGGAUAGUGAAGAUCAUUACAUGGUUGAAAAUGUUCGAGUCAUCCAAUUUUUCUAUUCUGGGAGCACUGGAUGCCAAAAUCUUUCUUGAUUGUAUUGGCAUAUGGAAACUGAUGGAAACUUAUGUGGACUCUCUAAGAGUUUAAGUAGAAAGAAUAGUAAGAUUUCACUGAGGCUUUUCUUUCUUCUGGUAUUAGUUGUAAUUGUAAUAAGAAAAAACAAAUCUCCACAUCUUUCUAUCAAGAGGAGACCAUUCCUUUCAUAAAAUGUGGAUACAACUGUAAUACCCGAAUUUUCAGGUUUAAAUUCGUACAAUUUCUUAUCAAUUAAUAAGUUUGGUAAUUCGA